AUGGAUCAGAAGGUGGGUCCGAGAAGUUCAGCGCCGGGGUGGAACACGUUUGGUCUUGUUGCCCCCAGCGCGCAGCCGCCUCGACAAACACUUCCCCAGCAUCCACAAGCGCAGCUUUGGCAUCUCGUCAUUCCACUUGCUUUGCUUGGCCUGUACUUCCUGAUUUAUGGUUGGAUUCGUUGCAAGCUCCAGGCAGACAGUCCGGAAAGAAGAUUGGCCGACCGCUGGCUUUGGUGCUGGCCUGCCCUGUACACCGGCCAGGCCUGCUUGUUCUACAAACUCGUGUUUGGUCCUUUUGUUUUGCUGCUUCACGCCCUGAGGAUUUACUUACCCCCCUGUGUUCACAUCUAUGCCUGGCGAGCCUAUUGGUUGCUUGGUGGCUGCUGCUCCUCUUUCUUCGUGGACCAGGACUUUCCACCAAACGAUGCUUCUCUUGGGAAGGUUUCUGGCGAUACAGCCAAUGAGUCCAGCGGGAAGCAGGGCGGCAGUACCAUUUGGGUGCGUGCGAUGCAUUUCUCCAGGAAUGACGGAGCCGAGCCAACUCAUCCAACCCUCGGAGAUUCGCACAUGCGUUUGUUUGAGGGCAAGAUCGAGGCGCAGGACAUCUUGCAGGGUGCUUUGGGUGACUGCUGGCUGCUCGCCGCCAUGGCAACCUUGGCCGAGCACGAGGGUGCCAUGAACGGACUCUUCCAUCAGUCCUGUGUGCAGCCUGAUGGAAAGUACAGCAUCAGGCUCUUUGAUCCUCAAGUCAAGGAGUGGAAGGUCAUCGUCAUAGACGAUUUCGUGCCGUGCACGGCUAGUCAGCAAGACCCCGGUGGCAUUGCAAGACUUGCAGACGGAAUGCCCAAGGCCAUGUAUGCUCGGCCUCACGGCAAGGAGAUUUGGACAAUGCUGUUGGAGAAGGCCUUUGCAAAGCUGUGCGGCAGCUAUGCUUCCAUCGAGGCCGGUAUCACAGAGUGGGGGAUUGCUGCAAUGACUGGCGGCAGUGCCUGGCGAUACGAGCGGGACGACCACACAUGGAACCGGAUGGACCUCGUAGCAGAAAAAGACUCAAAGGACAAGAGAGCAUGCGGCUUCAAGCAGGCAGGAGAGUCGCAUGACGACGAGGAGUUUUUCCUGCUGCUGAGAUACUACCAUCGGCAAGGAGCUGUCUUGUGCUGCGGAGGUGUCAAACCCGCUGGCCAGCAGCAAGGCCUGGUGGUGGGACACGCCUUCUCCCUUCUGCAGGUACGAGCUGUUUUCACCAGCUGGCACUCUGAAGAGUUCUUCCGUAUGGUACAAAUACGAAAUCCGUGGGGCACAGGGGAAUGGAAAGGGCCCUGGUCAGAUGCUUCUCCUUUGUGGGAGAAAUACCCGCACGUGCGAGAAACUUUGCAAUUUUCCGGCCGAGACGAUGGAACGUACUGGAUGCUACCUGUUUUCUCGGAGGAGGAUGCAGCAGGUCCUGUCAAGGCUUGCUUCCUCGGCUGCGCUCGUUUCUGGUGCUUGUGCGAAGGGCCUCGCCAUUUUCUCUUCACCCACGAGGCUUCCGCUGAGCAUGUAGAAAGCGAUGCCUUCCGACGAAGCUUCGGUUGUGAUCCGCGCGGAGCCUACUGCCGCUUGUGCGAGCGGGAUAUGGUACACAUAGACGGCGGUGAACUUGUUCAAAACGGACGUGAUCUCAGCCGUACUUGA